UGCUGUGUGCGCACCCAGCGGCGGGCACCAUGGGCACCAGGGAGCCGGUGGCGCUGCAGGACUUCGUGCGGGACCUGGAUCCUGCGUCGCUCCCACGCGUGCUGCGGGUCUGCUCCGGAGUCUACUUCGAGGGCUCCAUCUACGAGAUCUCGGGGAGUGAGUGCUGCCUGUCCACGGGGGACCUGAUCAAGGUUACCCAGGUUCACCUCCAAAAGGUGAUCUGUGAGAACCCGGCCACGGGUGAGACCAUGGACCUCGAUCCCACCUUCCCAGGCCUCUUCAGCCCUGUCGUCAGCCUCAGGAGCUACAAGACGCUGGAGGAGAUGGUCCCUGCCCCAGCUCAGAGCCCCUGGCAGCUGCCUGUUUACUUCCUGUUGCCUCACGGCAUGGUCAUGGAGGACGGGGUGGCGGCUGAGGACCGACCGCUCAUGCUGGAGGCCAUGGAGGUGCACCUCAGGACCCGCUGUGCGCGCUGUGUCUACAACGUGGGGCCACAGCAGGUGGUCUUGCACCUGCCUCUGUCCCAGAAGGGGCCUUUCUGGAAAUUGGAGUCUGGAGCCCCCCAAACCCUGCACCAGAUCCUGGAGGACCCUGCUCUGAGGGACAGCAGGCUGAUCUGCGCCAGCCUACCCUGGCCCUCCUUGAUCCUGAAACCCCAGUAUGAAAUCCAGGCCAUCAUGCACAUGCGCAGGACCAUGGUCAGGAUCCCGUCCACCCUGGAAGUGGACGUGGAAGACAUCACAGCCUCCUCCCAGCACAUCCACUUCAUCAAACCCCUGCUGCUCAGCGAGGUCCUGACCCAGGGAGGCCCCUUCCCCCUGCUCACGGAGAUCCUGGAGGUUCCCGAGGGCCCCCCCGUCUUCCUCAGCCCCUGGGUGAGCUCCUUGAGGAAAGGCCAGCGGCUCUGCAUCUAUGGCCCAUCCUCCACGCCCUGGCGGCUCCUGGCCUCCAGCAAGGGCCGGAAGGUGCCCAGACACUUCAUGGUGUCCGGCGCCUACCAGGGCAAGCUGCGGCGGCGGCCGCGCGAGUUCCCCACCGCCUACGACCUCCUGGCUGCUUUCCAGCCAGGCCAGCCCCUCCGCGUGGUGGCCACAAAAGACUGUGAGGGUGCAGAGGAGAACCCCGAAAUCGCCUCCCUGGCUGUGGGCGACCGGCUGGAAGUGUUGGGGUGUAGCCAGGUGUGUGGGGUCCAGGGCCAGGACAUUGACGUGCUGGUGUGCCAGCGGCUGGGCGAGCAGGCCGCAGAGGCCGAGGAGGCAGAGGAUGAAGAGGCCGAGGAGGACCAGGAGCAGAUUCUGCUGCCUCUCUACCUCCCGGGCGGCUUCGUGGAGGAGCUGAACGAUGGCCGGCGCUACGGCCUAACAGAUCUCACUGCCCAGUUCCCGCUGCCCUGUGAGGUCAAGGUGAUGGCCAAGGACCCCAAGCACUUGGAUGACCCUCUGGUCUCCUUCGGGGGCCUGCGGCUGGAGGAGAAGAUCGCAGAGCCCUUCGUGGUGGUGGGGCUGGACUCCCAGCCCGGCCUGUGCUUUGAGAUCCCGCCCCGGUGGCUGGACCUGACUGUGGUGGAGGCCGAGGGGCAGCCAGGCCAGCCGGCCGGGCCUCUGCCCGUGGCGACAGUGGAAGAGCUGACGGACGCCUUCUACUACAGUCUUCGCAAGCUACCAGCUAGUAAGAGCCAAGCCCCACCACCCAGGCCCCCCAAAAGCCAGAGCCUCCGUGAGCAGAAGAAACAGAGCAGCAAGGAGAGAGGGGUAAAGUCUUUGGAAAUCUUGGAAAACCAGCAGACUCCAGCACUGCUCAAACCCAAGGCAAAGAGCUUGCGGGACUCUUUCAAUGACAAAUCAAGUGUAUACAGCAAGAUUGAUGCCUUCACCUCCACGAAGAACCUUGGCACCACCAAGCCCUCUCCCCAGGACAGAGUGGUAAUGAUGGCACCCAAGGCCUCAAGCAUGCCACGCGGGCACUGUACUUUCAAGAGUGGGCCCACGCCCGACCAAGACUCUUUUCUAGAUGUGGAUGCCCACGACUAUGAAGAAAUAGUUGAGCACUUUCGGAAAACUCUCUAGGUGCCAGAGAAACCAUGCAUCUCGGCUGCUGCUCUACACACCUGGGGCAGUCACCCAGAAAUCAGAGCGAGACUGAACAGAAAUGGUUACUACUCCAGCUUCCUUCAGGCUCUAGGUUCCUACCCCUUGGGGCUGUUUUGUUUGGGCUCUACAGGUCACCCCUCAGCCUCAGACAGGUGUCCAGGACAAGCUGGCGGUAGCAGCUAUUUGUUUGGUGGAUAGAGUCCGAGGCCACCAACCUUGAAGCUGGCUCAAUCUCAUCACAAGCCUCAGCCUUGCCUCCUGUUUCAGCCCAGGUUUCAUGCGGGAGACCAGGACUGUUUCUUCAUCUCAGGAACACCUAGCACAGAAAUGGGGCUUGCAUGAAUAACUGGGUCUAUUUGGCUUCAAGAGCAGUCUCAGGGGUUUAGGUC